AUGGUUUCGCUCUCCACUCCGCUCUCACUGUACGCGAUCCCGCUCAUGUGGAUCAUCACCUACUACCCAGCCUACGCCAAAUCCGCACUCAUCAAGCGAGUAGCCGGGUUCAACAACGUCCAACCCCGCGGCAACCCCGCCAGACUCGAAAAGAAAGGCGUACCACCCGAGAUCCUCGCGCGGCUACAGCGCAUCGAAGGCGCCCACAACAACGGACUUGAAAGCCUCCCUUUCUUCGGACUCGCCGUUCUCGCGGGCAACUACGCAGGGAUGGAUACAGCCUCUUUGAACGUCGCAUCGGGGCUCUACCUCGUCUGGAGGGUUAUCUACAACUACAUCUAUUUCAACCAAUCAAGCCAGAAAACCGCUGGAUUGAGAACAAUUACUUGGGCAAGCUCAAUGCUGUUCCCGUUCUACAUAUACAUCAAGUCAGCUUCUUUGGUGAUCGCGAAAGCUGCGUUGUCGGAUGGUACAGUGCGCAUACAGUGA